GUCAGGUCACCUUUUGACAUGAACAGGGUCCUCCUCACACUAAAUAUCUCUGGCCUUGUUUUUAUUCACGCAAAAAAUCCAUCCCUUUUUGUAUCUUUGCCAAGCAACGUGUUUAACUGUUUGUUCGUGGUUUUCUCAUUGCCCUGUCCUUCCUUAUGUUCUAUCGUCGCAUCUCUGAAACCAAGAUCACAAAGCAUUCAAUCUUUUGCUUUUUUUAUCAUCAAAUUGGAUUGAUAUCUAUAACAACGGCAUGAUCUUAUUCAGGAGAAACAUUAUGCAAAACGGUUACCACGGCAUUAUUAUCACCUUGACAAUAUUUUGGGAAUUCAUUUGCAGCCGUUUUUUUUUUUUUUUUUUUGCAGCAGC